AUGCUUGUGCUUCUGGUGGCUGCAAUGCUGGGGACCGCAGUCCAAUCCUCUACCAUUGGACGGAUCAUAGGGGGAGAGGAAUGUGUUCCGCACUCUCAUCCGUGGCAGGUGGCACUCUAUUACUUUGACACGUUUAUCUGUGGCGGGAUCCUUAUAAAUGAGCACUGGGUACUGACGGCGGCUCACUGCAAAAUGUCGAAUAUUCAAAUAGUUCUCGGAGAUCAUAAUCGCCAGGUCCAUGAGGGAACCGAGCAGUACCGAUAUGCUGUCAAAAUAUGUUCCCACCUCGACUAUAACCUAACCACGUACGACAAUGAUAUCAUGCUCCUGAAACUGAACUCACCAGCCAUCAUUAAUGAAUAUGUGCAAAUAGUCACCUUACCCACUGAGCUAGUGGCUGACAUCACCAAUUGUAUCGCCUCAGGAUGGGGAUCCACCACUUCCCCUCAAGAGACAUAUCCGGAUGUCCUUAUGUGCCUGAACGUCACCACGGUGCCUGCGACCGACUGUCAGGAAUUUUAUGAAGAUGAACCGACAAUAUCCAAUAAAAAAAGUGCAAUAACGGAGAACAUGCUGUGUGCCGGAAUACUUGAAGGAGGGAAAGACACUUGCCAGGGUGACUCCGGAGGUCCCCUGUUAUGCAACUCGUUCUUACAUGGAAUCACAUCUUGGGGAGAACCUACUUGUGGACUGCCAAACAAGCCGGGAGUCUUCACCAAAGUGUUUAAUUAUAUCAACUUCAUUGAUGAUAUCAUGGCGAACGAGCCCCCGGGGAUUUGCAUACAAGUAGCUCGCCAGUAUGGAAGGCCACUAUAA